CAGAUUCCAGUUGUAUAAACAAUCUAUAGUUAUAGAGUCUUUGAAAUGAGUAACAAGCGGCAGACAUCGGCCGGCAAUCACAAUUUCCACCCGGAAUUUGAUACACCUACCAGCGAUGCUGAAUAUAAUUCGAGACCCAUGGCUAGCACACCCAUUACACUUUCUGGAGCACCUUCUCGAGCGGCUCCUGUUUCGGGAACACCGAUCCAAGAGUCUGAACAUCUUGAGGAAGCAUUGCGUAACGCCCGGCUCCAGAUCCAGGAACGAGACAACCGUAUCAGUUCCUUGGAACUUAAGGACGAGAAACUAGAGAUACUCUAUCAUAAUCUUAGCAAAGAGUCGCGCCGACUGCGUAGGCUUCUGCAUAACGUUGCUGACUUUGUCAAAUCGAGUCAAGUCGCUGAAGACCAUAGAACCUUUCCGCCCCUCAGCCCCUCAGGAAUUGAAGACGCAUAUGAGACCGAUCAGCUGCCCCUGUCUGUGCGAGAUGAUUGGUCCGGAAGAGGCUCACACGCAACGUUCACUCAUGAGGAAACUAUCCCACUAGAAAGAGGGCGAGCACUCGGCUAUGGCGCGAAUGGAGAAGUAGUGGAAGUUACUUGCAAGGGUGUCAAAUUGGCUUUGAAGAAGAUAUAUCAUCGAUACGGAAUCCAAAAUAACCAGAUGAAAGAGAUUGACAUCUUGAAGGAUACGAAACACCGACAUAUUGUCAGGCUUGUCGGAACCUUUACUCAGAGACCAUACCUUGGUCUACUAAUAUGGCCAGUAGCACGCUGCGAUUUGUCUGUGGUAUUUGAGGUUAUGGAUAUGAGACGUUCAUACAAUCAGGACUUCGACCAAGAUCGCAGAUUAUCUGAAAAGCUAGCUGAUCAUUGUCUCAAUGCCAACGAAUUUCGGGACAUUGUAGGGCAGAAAGAGGAGCGAAUGUGGUCUAUUUUUGGCUGUUUGACUGCAACCAUGGCAUAUCUCCACCGGAACAAUAUUCGCCACAAAGACAUCAAGCCAUCCAACAUUCUCCUCUCGCCAGAUGGGCUAUGGCUUACAGACUUUGGUGCAGCAAAGAAUUUUACAUCCGAUCUUACAAGUACCAGUGAAAGCCGAGAACGUGGUACGUUAAGAUACUGCGCGCCAGAGGUAUCUAAUUACAAGGAAAGCGGUCGCUCAGCGGAUAUCUUCUCCUUAGGAUGCGUUUUCCUGGAAACAGUGGUUGUUCUCACCCAAAACCACACUCUAGCAGAGCUGGCAGAGCUCCGUCCUUCCAAAAAUAAAUCCUACGAAGCAAACCUUGACCGAAUUGACCAGUGGCUAGCUUUAGCCGAGUCCUCUGAGGCAAAGACGCAGCAUUUGCUCUAUGAAAUAAAGCAGAUGCUUAAUCCUGAUCGUACAAGGCGCCCUUCAGCAAAAUCACUUGCCUUACGCAUAUCCGGCAUCGAUCAGUACAAUGGUAGAGAACUUCCAAAGCGGCUUCAUGGCUCCUGCUGUGAUCGUUGGUCUGAGAGAGAACUCAACGUACAUAAAGAACGGAUUGAGAAGUUAGAGCGAGAGAAGCAGGGGUAUGAAAGUUUGCGCUCAAAAAUUCAUGAACUCGUUGGAAGCGUGCUACAUAGUGGAUAACAGAUUUACCGUCGAGCUGUUAUAAAGCAGGUCAGGUAACAGCAACCGAUAGGUGUAGGUGUCAACAGUGGGUAAGGCAGCUAGCUUUGGUAUGUGGUCUUAUGGUUAGUUCAUGGCAAUAUUUUGGAGGAUUAAUUUAGUGCACAAACUAGGCAUCUGACUUCGG